GCGCUGUCAAUAUUCUACCGGUAGGAGGUAGUAUUGCCAAAUGUACUGCAGCAACCAUAACCACGAAGAAGAGUGUCAAAGAAUUGUAUCUUUAACGUCCCAACAAUAUUUUCGUCAUUAAACUGGCUUCUAAGCAGACUGCAACCAUAUUAAAGCUUUAAACGCCAUGGACGAAAAGGCUUUAGAUCCUACUGCAGGGGAUGAUGGGUCAGAGGCAGCAGCCAGUUCUUCGUCAUGUUUGGGAGCCACUGGAGGAUCAACUAGUUCCCGUUUGGACUCACAGCUCCAGGAGGCCAUUCGGUUAAAGACAGAGGGGAAUGCAUUCUACAGGGAGAAAAAUGUGCGCACUGCCAUCGGACGAUAUCAUCGUGCUUUGCUUGUUCUUCGUGGCCUGGACUCUGAGGUGAACGCUGCCCUGCAAGGGUUUGGGGCUCAAGUGCCUAAACUGAGCCAGGAGCAGGAGAACCUGCUGAGGAGCACUCAAGUAGACUGCUAUAAUAAUUUAGCAGCAUGUUUGCUACAGCGAGAAGUGGUGGACUAUACCCGUGUGCUAGAGUACAGUCUGAAAGUGCUCCAGUGGAGGGCAGGUGACAUUAAGGCCCUGUACAGAGCUGGUGUGGCUUCAUUAGAACUGGGUGAUGCUCAGACUGCUCGACAGUACCUCAUACAGGCCAGCAGGGGGAAACCUAACGAUGCCAAUGUAAAGAAACAGCUGCAGCGAGUGGAGGAGAGACUCAGCCAAGACUACCAGAAAGAGAAGGCACUGUACAAAGGCAUGUUCAGCAAACAGAAACAGGGUGAGGAGCAGUUAGCAGAGGAGAAGACACAGAAACUGGUCUAAAUGGACUAAUACAUGACUUAACAGGAACAUUAGAUGAACUAAGAGUUGACGGCAUCCUGAAGGAAGUGGGAUGUUUUGCCUCAGGGCAUGGAUAAUUUGCUGCAUAUGGCAUUUACUGGUGUUGAAGGUCCCAUAGCAGGAUUAAAUGUGUGGCUGAAAUCUGGUGCAAUGUGGCAGCUUGAAAGAGAAUCUUAAUGCUAUUAAAAUGUUGUAUGGCUAAGGUGCUAUCAAGCUGCUUCUGUUUUGCAUUCAGUUCUCUACAGCUGUGGGUGUUAUUUCUCUUUUAUUCCGUCUUGUUUUUUGUUUGUUCAUCCUAAUAAAUAUUUUUGAAAGAA